GGAUCCCCUUUGCAAGCACCAGAACCGGGGCUGACCCGGUUCGGUCCCUAGUUCUAGGCAUGAACCAAACCGCUGGCCAGUUCAUUAAAACUGGUAUGAAGACUGGGCAGUUUGGUUAGAGUUCAGUUCGAACUAGAACAGAACCGCCCAGAGCGGUUCCGUGCAUACCCCUAAAACAGUCUUGUGUUUUAUCCCAUGGUUAUGCAAGUUUUGCUCCAUUUCAGUGAGGUAAACUGUGUCCCAUUGUAAAUGGGCCUGAUAUUGUAAAUAGCAUUAAUAUUUCCAGACAACUUCAUUAUUGUAAAUAGGAUUUCUGUAUGGAAAUUCUGCUAGAGUCUGUGUAAAGAGAGCCAGCAAGGUCAAAAAUUCAUGGCUUCUGCUCAAGCAAGAUUCAGUUAAAGAUGAUGCAAUGUACUGAGUUAAUUUUGGAGGGAAAGGGAGUUUUGAUUCCAUUGGUUGUGUGUUGAAAAAUGGAGGGAACUUUGAGUUACGCUGACUGGAUUAUUUAAAAAACAUUUAAGUAAAAAUUGCGUAGUUGGGGUUGCUUUUAGCACAGUUCUGUUCCCUUUGGAGAUCAGAGGGUGCAAGUCAGAGCUCAGAGUCAGAAGGAGGACAAGCAGUGCAGUCAAGAAGCUACAUGCUGGAGAACCAUAGGAGCUGAGUCCAGUCCAAGGGAAAGAGCUGAGUCCCCCUGAAGAAUUGCUAGCACAGCCUGAAAGAAUCAGUGGUGUGGAAAUAACUGAAAUUUCUUACAGAGAGUGGAAACUCUCUGAUAAGGGCUGAAAUCAUGGAAGAACCAGGCUGGAUUGAACCCCAAGGCUGUAAAGGUGACCAAGACCUGAGACUGCACUAGGAAUAAGCCAAUUUGCUGAAAAGGCUGAGCACGGGAUGGGUAUUCCCUCCAUUUCUAUUAUGCUUCAUGAGCUAAUCAAAUUGCUACACCAUGCAAAAUGCUGUGAUGUUACCAUUAUACGCAUCGGUACUUCAGGGGGAUUAGGGGUUGAGCCUGGGUCUGUUGUAAUAACAGACACAGCAGUGGAUUCAUUUUUCAAGCCUCAGUUUGAGCAAGUGAUACUGGACAAUGUGGUUGUACGAAGCACUGAACUUGAUCAAGACCUUGCUGAGGAACUCCUGGAGUGUAGCAGAGAGAUUAAAGAUUUCCCAACACUUGUCGGCCAUACUAUGUGCACCUAUGAUUUUUAUGAGGGUCAAGGACGAUUAGAUGGUGCAUUAUGCUCCUUUUCCAAUGAAAAUAAGUUAGAGUACUUAAAAAGAGCUUACAAUGCUGGUGUCAGAAACAUAGAAAUGGAAUCGACUGUAUUUGCUGCGAUGUGCAGGCUUUGUGGUCUUAGAGCUGCUGUGGUCUGUGUGACUCUCCUUAACCGACUUGAAGGUGACCAGAUCAGAGCACCCCAUCAAAUUCUAGUUGAAUAUCAGCAACGACCUCAGCAGCUGAUUUCAAUGUUUAUCAAGAAGCACCUUGGGCUAUGGACCCCAAAGGGAUUAUUAGAUAAGGCAUCAUUCUAGAACAGCUGUAGAACAUAUGUGCCUAUUUAUAAACACACCAUGAAUGCCCUUUGAGUAGGUUUAUAGACAUAAAUAUGGUGCCACAUUUUAGUAACCUCAUACUGUACACAAAUUAAGUGUGUGUGUUUUUUUCUUUUUGUCUGAAGCAGUAGACCUCUUGGUUUCACUGCAAUUUCACUGCAAUGAAAAGGUUUCACUGCAAUUUUAAAUGACAUAGUAGGAGACAGCAUCUUAAGACAGUGUGCAACAUUUUAUCAACAGCAUAUCCUGGGUGUCAGCUUAAGAUCAAAUUUCUCUGCUCUUAGCCACAUAAAAUCAAUGCCUAACCUUCCCAAAUCAUACCCUACCUUUUCACGAUAAGCUAAAAAGCAGGCAUGUGAACUGAUGAUGAUGAUGAUGUCAAGGUAGCAGGGAUGAUACAUUGGAACAUCUGCAAGAAAUACAAGCUACCUGUAGCCAAAAAUUGGUGGGACCAUAAAAUUGAAAAAGUGGUAAAAAAUGAAGAUGCAAAAAUAUUAUGGGACUUCUGACUACAAACAGACAAACAUCUGCCACACAAUACACCAGAUAUAACUGUAGUCGAGAAGAAAGAAAAACAAGUUAAAAUAAUCGACAUAGCAAUGCCAGGGGAUAGCAGAAUAGAAGAAAAAGAAAUAGAAAAAAAUCACAAAAUACAAAGAUCUACAAAUUGAAAUUGAAAGGCUGUGGCAGAAAAAGACCAAAAUCAUCCCAGUGGUAAUUGGUGCCCUAGGUGCAAUUCCAAAAGACCUUGAAGAGCACCUCAACAUCAUAGGGGCCACAGAAAUCACCACCAGCCAAUUACAAAAAGCAACUCUACUGGGAACAGCCUAUAUUUUGCGACGAUAUCUAUAAUAACAAGAACAAUGUUGAUGAUAAAAUUCAGCCAUCCCAGGUCCUUGGGAAGGACUCGAUGUCUGGAUAAAACAAACCAGUCAAUAACACCUGUCUGACUGUGUAAACAGGAAAUAAUGUCUAGAUUUCACAGUACUGAGCUUUCAGGAGCAUUUUCCUUGAUCUGAAAUUGUAAAAAGCUUUAUUUUCUGGAGCAGAAACUGAACACUCCAACCAUUUCAACAGUAUUUGUGAAUACUCCAAUAACUGAAUUAGGUUCACAGUCUGGAGUAGAUCUAGAACCCUACUAGGUAGGCCCAGGGUGGUAGUCUCCAGAUGUACCUAUUUCAUAUCUGAGUUAAUCUGAAGAGUGUGUCAAAAUAGAAAGUGUCAUUUUACAAUAAAAUAAGUUAUGCAGAAUGUCUUUGCUGGUUACUUCCACAUGGUUUGUUUUACCAGACAAACCCAUGUAGGCUCCUAUCCAUGAACGCAAGCAGAGUGGAGGCAACAUGGGGCUUGAAACCCUGUUUAUGUGCCAUAUGCUGUCAAUUAAUGGCAAGACUUCAAUCCAAUGGUCAUGAGACCGUUUUUUUUCAUCCCACAAAUAUCUGAACUUUUGUUCCACUGUUCUAUAUAUUAAGGAAUUAUACAUUGCACUGGGUCAACUAUAUACUGGGCCACGUGGGUGAUCACGGAAAGGUAUAAUUAGAUGUGGCCACAGAAAGGUAUAUUUACUUACAUUUCUAGUCCACCUUUGUUCAAAGGAGCUCAAGGUGGCAUGCAAAAUUCUCUCUCCCCCACCCCGAGAGCUUCAUAUCUGAGAGGGGAUUUGGACUAAGAUCGCCACCGUCCUAGUCCAAAACUCUAACCUCUAUGCUGAAUCUCCUUCAAUUGUCAUUUGGGCUAUUUAUCAAAGUAUGCCAGACUAACUCUUGUACUUCGGGAAUUACUUCACAGUUAAAAUAGAGCAAACUCAGCAGUAUAUCUAUUGCUCCUGGGUGUUAUCGUUGUUCAGUACACCUGUUGAGACAGACUAGAAUAUUACUUUAGAAUAUUACUUUAGAACACAGUGGGGUAACAUUUCGUUUCAGACAUCUGUCAGGAAUUGAUCAAACAGCUUCAAAAUAUUUAGACAGGAGAUGUCAAUGUAUGGCAACUCCAUAGCGGCACAGAAAAUGUUCCUAGUUGAUGAUGCUGUGAUCCUAGUUGAAUAUGGAACAUCUUAAUGCUGCUUUCAUACCUAAGUGUUUCAGUAAAUACCUGGUGAUGAUGAGCUCCGUGAUGGCAGAAACCAAAAGAAAGCAGAAAAAGAGGUAGGCCUGAUUCAGAAAUGUGGCCAGAAAUUACUACGGACAAAUACUGUGUGCAUAUUUGCUUGCCAAUCAGGUCAGACAUGAGAAUCCUAAUCUUUUCUACAUGCAAAUGUAUAUAUGGUGCUUAGAGUCUGAUGAUGACCAUAAUGUAGUUAAGUCAAAAAUCCUGUAUGUGACUGGAUUUGAGAGUUGUGCUGACGUGGAGCAAGUUAUUUAUUUAGUCCAUUGUUUAAUAAAUCACAUUACAUCUAUUGAACACUUUUGCAGAACUGGUUUAUCAUACAGAAACCCCCCCAAAGAGAAUGAGAAAAGACUGUAGGUAAAAAUUAAGGUUGUGUUGUGCUAUAGCUAUUGUCUAUCUGAUGAAUAUUAAUAAUAUCUUUUUAUAUAUGUAUCUGAUAAAGCUUAAUUCAGGAUACCACACUUCCAAUAUCUAUGUUUACUAUAUUCUAGAACAGGGGUUUUCAACCUUUUUUUAAAGCAAGUGUACCCCUUCUGUCUUAAAGCUGUAAUUGAGGUACCUCUUAAGCAGCCUAGAAUCGUGGCCCCCAGAAGUCUUGCCAAAAUGCAAGCAAUGUGCAUUUGCCCUGGAAUCAGGCAACACCGCCCCCGCCCCCUCAUAUGCUACGCUGUGGGGCCAGCACUGCCACUCACCUCCUCCUGCCAGGUGUACAAACUUACAGCAUUGUUUGUCUGCAGGGGGAUGUCCUGUAAGCAUGUCCACCAGCGAUUCUGUGAGCAGCAACCUGGAUCAAAGUCUCACAGUGAAAGGUGGACACUUCUCCCCAAAAUAUUGAUUACAGUGACUUAAUUUAUUUAUACCCUUUGUUGUGUGGAAUAAAAGUAUGCCUGAUCUCUGCCAGCCCCUUGAUGCUCAUGAAACAUUCCACAGGUCCAAACUGGGGGGAUUGCUAGCACCGAAACAGUGCCGUCCAUUACUUUUACUCUGUUGCACUGGCUAUUUGAGGGAGUAUUUCUAUUCUAAACAUAUCAUUUGGUUAAUGGGUACCAAGUGGCCCUUGGCGAUUACUCCAUUCUGUGGAUAUAGAGGUCUUGUUCCAUGAUAUUAAACUAGAUGCCUCUAAAUCCCUUUCCUCUCCACUGCCCAGUGCUAAUAAACAUGGGCACUGUGAUAACUGGUCGACAAGUCCAAUUAGACUUCCUCUCUUCUCGAUCAUAACUUUGCUUAAUAGUGCUUUCUCCAUCACAAAAUCAACUCUGUGGAAUUGUCCUCAGUGUUCACACACAGGUGCAGACAGUUAAAUUGUACUUCGGUGGGUAAAAGGAAGAUGCUGUAUUCUAGAUACAGGAAUAAAGUUUUUUUAAAGCUUGAAACCUAAACUAGAGCUCAGAGCCAAUUCUGCAGAAGUCAGAGAUUAUUGCAGUAAUCAGCAGUACUAUACAGCAAUGGAAACUGUAAUUUCCCCACAGUGAAUUGCAAAGAACAAAACAUUCUUCACAGUUCAUGGAAUGCAUGAAUUCAAAGUUUUCUCUAAAGUGUUAAGGGAAGUAUGCUGUACUCUUAAAUGUUCAAAACCACACAGCUUCAUCAUUAACUCAUCAUUGUCAAAGAAAACUGUAAUCUUGCUUAUUUUUCUGUCAAUUCAAUCAUCUCAGUAGUAGUUUUCAAAUUAUGAAUUGCAUACUGAUGGACAACUUGAGAGGGAUCUCAACAUGGACAUUAUCAAUUUGACUGCACAGGGACUCGAUCAUGGGAGUGGGUGUCAAAUCUACCCUCAGAUGCUUCCUGAGGUGCAUCUAGCCACACAUUGUAGAUCUUCAGCUUAUGCCAGCCCUACACUUGCCUGCAUCAUACAAGACAGUGAUUCUGCCUUCAGCAGAGCCAACAGAGUAGUGUUCACUCUAGCAGGAAUGUCACCAUGAGAUAUUCCUUUGCUUGUUCCAAUUUUCUUGCAGAUAGCUAUAAAAGCCAAACUGGAAGUGUUGAAGACAAUCCUGCCUUCAUGUCUUGGGAGGGAGGGGAGGGGGAAGAGACUAAUCUUACAGGAAAUGAUAGGGUGUCCCCUUCCCCCCCCCCUUUUUUUUUAAAAAGAAAAGGAUGUCCAUCUAAGUGGGAUGAAUCCCAAGGACAUGUGCUGCAUCCAUCCACAUUCUGUGUCCAAAUGGGAGGGUUGAAACAUCCCAGAGAACAAAGGAGUUCCUCUCAAGGAAUGGGGCUGUAGCAGGGGUAUAGCUACAAUUGAGCGGAUGGGUUCAAAGAAUCUGGGGCCCCAACUCCUCAGGGCCCUUCAGCUCCCCCCACCUCUAUUUUCUUCCUUAACUCCCUCAUUCCAAGGGGUUGCCUGGAAGAGGGGUGGACACAAGUCCCCUCUCCCCUAGCUAUGCCCCUGGGCUGUAGUUCAGUGGCAGAGCAUCUGCUCUGACGGCAGGAAGUCCCAGGUUCAAUCCCUGGUAUCUCCACAUAGGGCUUGGAAAGACUCCUAUUGAAACCUUGGAGGAGUCUCUGCCAGUCAGUGAAGACAAUAUUGAGCUAGAUGGCCAAUGGCCUGAAUGUCCAGCGAAAAGGCUGAAGUGACCUCCUCUGAAAGGCCCGAAGCACCUUGCUUGACAUCCAUUGCUGCACACAGUGGAGCUUUGUCUCAGUUUGGCCAUUGCCCUUGACCACUCUGCUCCUUGCCUCCCUGCCCCUCUUUUACUCUUUGUUUCCCCUUACUUCCUGCUUCAGCCUUACACUAAUCUUCCAUCAGGCCUUCUAAAGUAAAAGUAAAGCGUGCCAUCGAGUUAGUGUCGACUCCUGGUGACCACAGAGCCCUCUGAUUGUAGAGUACAGGAGGGGUUUACCAUUGCCAUCUCCUUCUGCCACAUCUUCAUUUCCUGAUGUUUCCUUAGAAUCCACAACCUGCAAUCCCUCUGUAACCAAGGGUGGAUCCUGUGGGGGAAGAGUGCCCCCUCAGAAAAGUAGUCCCACCCCAUUUCUGUUUCAGAAAUCCAACAUGUGGGGAUUCUGCUCAUCAGAAAUGCAUUUUGCCUCAUCUGUGCCUCCCUCAUCCCCCCCUGCCCGCCCCCCGGUGCUGCCAUCGCCUGCCACAUGAAUCCCUAGCCUUUGCCUAAGAUGGAAACUGCGCCAAAUGAAGGCAAUGAAGUCGUGAGGGAAAUGCAAAUGUAAGGCUAAUAAUCUAAUAGGAAUGCUGGCAUUUUUUGGAAAAUAUUAAGAACUAUUUGAUUACUAUUUGAUUGAGGGUUUUUCUCAUAGUAAACAGGUUCAAAUUUGCACUAUGCCCUUGUCCAGUUUGCUUUCAUGUUGCUGAUCAUUACUAAAAGCAUUUUUAAGUUUUGUUCAGGCUGUUAUGAAUCAUAUUGCAGUCUCCCUAUAGGCUUAUUACAUCCUAAAUUGAAGUAACUGUAAAAACAGUCAGGCUGGAUGAUAAUCAGCAAAAUGGAUUCUAUGUCAUGAGAAUGCUGGACCUUUUUGUACCUUGGUUAACAGUUAUGCUGCUUUCUGGUUGGCUAAUUUGCUUAAAAUGUAUAAUUAAAUAUUUUUACUUGUAAGUGUC